CUCUCACAGUGGAGGAGAAGAGAAAAUGGAAGGUUGUGUAGGCUUCGUCUUAUGAUAGGACACAGCUGGAUAACCAGAAAGUUUGUCUUCCAUGGAGGGCUUUAUGGAUAUCAAUGAGAUCCAUGACCUCACUGGCACUGAUACAGAGGAGCACAGAGGCGAUGGUAAUGCAGAGCAGCAGGUGGAGGGGGCCGAGAGGGGUGCUAGGCCGACCAUCAGCGAGUUCAAAAAGACCUGGGGCUUCAGGCGGACCACGGUUGCCAGAAGAGAGUUUGUGGGAUUGGAUGAGACUGAAGAUCCAGAAUCUCCGCCCCUACCCACACGUCGGGGCAGAGGCCGCCCGGCCCAGACCUAUUCAAGACGUGGGCGAGGGGGGAGAAGGARCGCCCCGGCUGACCUGGAGCACUCCGAGACGGGCUCCCCUACUCCAAUGGACAGGGAGCCUGCCUCAGAGGCCCUAGAGCCCUGCCCAGGUGCCAGAUUAGACCCCUCCUCUUGGCGGGACUUUGGAUCUGCAUUCAGCACGGCUUUUUCCCUACUUGGGGAGAAGAAAGAGGAGGACAGGACCACGGCUGCCCCUCCUAGCUAUGGGGGUAGUGGGGACAUGGAAGCUGCCUCCAGUAUAGAGGAGGACAGUGAUGAGCUGACCCUGAAGCAGCUUCAGGAGCGGCUGAGCAUUAGGGGGAGAGGUGAGGCCAGAGGCAGAGGGGUCAGAGGGAGAGGCAGGGCUAGGGGAAGGGGUAGAGGGAGAGGGAGAGGACGAGGGAGAGGUAGGGGGCGUGGGAGGGGUAGGAGGGUAGAGCCAGAGUCGAGCACUGCAGAUGAAGAAGAGGUGAUUUUUGUAAAUGAGUUGGAACAGCAGCAGGUGUAUCAGCCUCAGGAGGAGGAGAGGGAGCAGAGUCCCGAGGAGGCUGUUGUAGUGGUUGAACCGCAAAGCCCUUCUCCUUCUCAACAGUCCAGCUCAGAGUCUAUGCCUCCUCUCGAGUCUGAUCCAGAGCCAGAGACAAAAGAAGAAAAGCCCAGCCAAUAUGAUAAUGUAACAGAGGUGGAGGAGGAGGAGAAAGUGGAGGAGGAGGAGAAGGACGAGGAGAGGGACGAGGUGGAGGAGGAGAAGGACGAGGUGGAGGAGAGGAUCGAGGAAGAAAAGUCAGAUUAUUCUAGCAUAUCGGACAGUGAGGGCUACAACCCCAAUGCCCUUUACUGCAUCUGUCGACAGAGGCAGAAUAAAAGGUUCAUGAUCUCCUGUGACAAUUGUCAGGAGUGGUUCCAUGGCGACUGCGUUGGCGUCAGCGAGACGCAUGGCAGCAAGCUGGAGAGGAGCGGACGGGACUGGAUCUGCCCCAACUGCACGAAUAAGAGCCAGAGCCAGCCAGACCCCCAGCAGAGCCACCCUGACUGCCUGACACUGCCCUCCUCUGGGGAGGAGGAGAGAGUGCAUGAGGAGCAGGCCAGUAAGGAKGCUGUGGCGCAGGAGGAGACUGAAGUGGUUGCUGAGGCUGAAAUGGAGACGGACAGUUCUCUGCCCCAGUGCAUUGGCCCAGGGUGCAGUAUGCACGCUCUUCCCGACUCCGUUUACUGUGGCACAGACUGCAUCCUCCGGCAUGCGGCUGCCACUAUGAAGACCCUAUCUGACUCCAAAGAGACCAAUGCCGAGCAAAGCCCACAGAGUAGAGCAGCAGCCAAACCUGGCCCUAAGGGUCAAAGGUCGGCUAGGAUUCCCCAGAGGUUGUCGGCGGAGCGGCCCGAAGAGGAGAAGGAGGCUGAAGAAGUUGAGGACAAGGAACCUGACACAUCUACAUCUCCCUUAUCCUGCAACCCUAGUCUCACUGCAGUACAGGCCACAUCCAUAGAAUCAUCUAUGUUUUACAAGUCGACAAAAAGGGCCAGUGAGCAGGUUGAGAUUGAGCCCAUGGCUCCUCAGACACAUUCUCCACAAAACUCUCCUUCAGACAACAUCACUGAGUCCGCUCCUCCUCUGCGAGGUGCUCCAGGAAAAACCAAGAGACCAGCAAACAUCGGCAGUGUCUCCAAGAAACCCUCUGAGGAUACUCCCCCUGUCAAACAACCCAACCCCCCCAAAUCAAGCUUCUCUCCGUCCCCUGAGGUUCCAAACACCUCAGUCUCCAGACACCACGAAACAGGGGCCCUGAGGAUCGUCAAGACCUCCUUCACCAUCCCCAAGAAGCAGGCUGUCACCCCCACUCCACCCUCACCCUCACCUUCACCUCCAGUCCCACUGAAUGAAACCAGAACCCUGCCUGUGUCCCCAGCCCCAAUCGCCCCUUCCUCCAGACCCCCCCAGCCAGCCAAUAACCAGGUCAGGCAGAGCAUCCAACGCUCUCUUGCCAACAUCCUGUUCAAGAGGGUGUGCGACUGUGACGAUUUGGAGAGGUCUGAGAGUGAAGUGGGAAAGCUGGUCACCAACAUCGAGACGGAGAUGUUUAACAUAUUUAACAAUACAGACAGCAAGUACAUGAACAAGUACCGAACCAUCAUGUUCAACCUUAAAGACCCCAAAAAUAAGGGUUUGUUCUACAGUGUCAUCCGUGGUGAAGUCAGUCCCUUCAGACUGGCCAGGAUGAGCCAGCGGGACAUGCAGGCCACAAAGGUGUCUGAGCCGAGCAAAAGGGACUCUCUAGCGGUCCGGGAGUCUGGUCCCAAAGCCCCAUGUGUACUUCCAAACCCAGCGCCUGAGCCAGUGAAGGUUGACCUACCCAGUCUUCCCCCCAGGACAAAUAGACACAUGGAGAAGACCACUCUCCACGCUGCCCCUAAGGCCAGACCUAGCCAGUCGAGCCGGAGCAGCUCAGUGCCAGACAUCCUCAGCUCCAUGCUGAAAGACACAACUGCCGAGCACAGAGCUCACCUGUUUGACCUCAAGUGCAAGAUCUGCACAGGUCAGAUAUCAGUCGAGGAUGAGGCGGAGCCUUUAGCCAAGAAGCCUAAACUCUCUGGGUCAUCGUCGUCCUCCACCAAACCAGACCAAUGGAGAGACAGGCCGUCUCGGCCACCCUGGAUGUAUGCCAGAACAGAUCUCAGAACAGAGGAGAGAGGAUGGAGAACUCCAGCUGGAGAUGAAUCACCCCUCCUUGCACCCCCCGACUCCCCCACCAUGGAUUCCUCUGCUUCCCCAGUAAUGGAGGAUGACCCUGCCUUAACCAUCAUGGAAUCCCCCACUUCUCCCACAAUGGAAUCUCCCGCUUCCACAACAAUGGAAUCUCCCGCCUCCCCCAUUUUGGAAUCCCCUGCCUCCCCUGUUAUGGAUUCUCCCGCCUCCCCUAUUCUGGAAAACUGCAAAGCCAAGACACCGUCCAGAAUGUAUACCCCAGUCAUGAUACCGGCUGUUUCUACGGUAACCAUCACAAGGCGUGACCCCCGCACCAUUGGCAACCGUUCUGCUGCUCUGUAUGGUGACCCCCGCACAGCAGAUAACUGCACUCCUGCCAUGGCAAGUGUCGCCUUGUCUACAGCCCCACUUCCACCAGUCUUUCAUGCCCCUGUGAAACAGAGUGGUACUCUGAGCAAGCCAUUCAUGCCCUUGCCACCCCCCCCAUCCCUGCCACCAAUGCCAGCAUUACCCAAAUCUAUCCUGACGAAGCCAUCCUCCUCAUCGUUCUAUGGUUCAUCUGGAUCAUCUGCAUCCUCUUCAAGGGCUAUGAACUCCCACACCCCUCCAGACGGGGAGACGGCCCAGUUCCUGGCCAAGCAGGAAGUAUUGUGGAAGGGCUUCCUCAACAUGAUCAGCGUGGCCAAGUUCGUCACCAAGGGCUAUCUGGUUUCAGGGCCCUCCGAAUACCUCAAAGAGGACCUGCCUGAUACCAUCCAGAUUGGUGGAAGAAUCAKGCCUCAAAYUGUGUGGGACUACAUCGGGAGAGUGAAGGCCUCUGUUACAAAGGAGCUGAGUGUGAUUCGKUUCCACCCAGCGACAGAGGAGGAGGAGGUGGCCUACGCGUCUCUGUUCUCCUACUUCAGCAGCAGACGGCGCUUUGGGGUGGUGGCCAACAAAAGCCGCAGCAUCAAGGAUAUCUACCUCAUCCCAGUCAGCGCGAAGGAGUCCAUUCCAUCCAAACUCCAACCUUUCGAAGGAUCAGGCCUUGAGAAAAAUCGCCCCAAUCUUCUUCUGGGACUGGUUAUUUGCCAGAAACCCAAACGUGCGGAAAGCGUACCACAAGCGUUUSAAGAGAAGAGACCCAAGAUCCGCAUGUCCAAAGACCCCAGAGAUAUUGGCCUCCCUAGACCCCCUUCGCUGUAUGGGUCUGACCCUAGAAUGGAGGAAUUCUUGCCCUAUGACCCAGAGAUGCCCAUGUCCACCCUUCCUGGUUCCCCUCCUUCCACUGGAUCCCUGUCACACUCCUCCUCCUCUGGCUCACUGACUAGCCCAUCACUUCUGUCCUCCAUUAGAGCCUCUGCCCCUCCCCCCACCACUAGCUCCUCCGCUGCACCUAGCAGCACCGCCACCAGUCCCCUGCAGACCAUCCUGAAGUCACUGUUUGGGAGGGACUCUCCUGCAGUCCCAGCAGUUGCUGCAGUGCCCCUUCCAUCCACUCUUCCCCCUCUCCCAUUGGUGGAUCCAAUAGUCCAGCAGUACGGGCAGAAAUCCAAAGUCAAAGMGAUUGAGGAGGAGGAAAAUGAAUAUGAUCGACCAUACGACCCAGGGGAAGAGUAUGGUCCAGCAAUGGGCUAUGGAUUGGUUGCCCCAAUUUGUACGGAUAAAAUGUUUGAGGCGAAAGCUGCCUCUCUGGCCGUUUGCGCUGAUGAUGACGACGUGGCUUACGACCCUGAGGAUGAGACUAUCUUUGAGGAUAUGCACAAUGAUGGGGUCAGUGUAGCAAAAGCCCCAUCUCCAACUCCUACCCCAGCUCAAGCUCCUACCCCAGUCACAGUACAAGCCCCAGUCCCAGCUCCCACUCCAGCCCCUCUGUGCCUCCCCAUUACUGGUGAUGUAAUUGUCUCAGCCGCUACUCUGACUGAACAACAGCGAAUGCUUGAGGAGCUCAACAGGCAGAUCGAGGAGCAGAAACAGCAGUUGAAGGAGCAGGAGUGGGCACUGCGCCAGCAGAGAGAGGCAGUGGGCAUGUUCAUGGCCCACUUCUCUGUUUCUGAUGCCUUGAUGUCUCCCCCUCCUAAAUCUGGGUGGUCUCAAUUUCAAACACAGCAGACUGAAGGAGAGCAGUCUGAGGCGAAUCCUUCAGCGGAUCAAAAAGCUUUGAAAGGUCUCUUGAAAACAGAAGUACCAAUAAAACAAGAGAUUAAGACAGAGACCAAGACUGUACCUCUUUCAGAGUCAAGAAAUGUGGAAAUGCCCAGUGCAACAGCGAAGCGGGUAAAAGAGAUUAAAAAGCAAAAUAUUCAGGCAACCGACAAUUCAGAUCCUGAAGCUGGUGAGAUCCAGGACUCUGAUGUAGCUUACGACCCAGAGGAUGACACUAUCUUUGAUGAGCUGCAAGACAUGAAUGUAGAAGAGAAGGGGAAAACUCUACCACAUUCAGCAAGGCGUUCUGGGCGGUCUCGUGACUCCUCGGUGUCUAGCUCGUGUCGUGGCACAUCGCGCAAUGACACUCCUGAUAGGAGGCGUAAGCAUAGCAGCCAACCGCAUACUCACUCACCCAAAAGACGGGACCGUAAAAUCAAGGACCGUCACAAAAGCCCUCCUCGUCGAUCUGGCAGGCGGUCCCCUGGACGCUCUGAUAGGCAAAGGGACAGACACAGACGGGGUGGGAGGAGCCAACCGUAUCACAGAGAUUGUGACCACUCUGACCGCACAGGCCGCCAUCUCCCUCAUAAAGAGAGCACUUCUCGRCGCAGCUCUUGUAGCCGUAGAAGAUCCCCAUCUACACCAAGAAAAACACUAGAUUCCGCCUCUAGGGGAGUCUCAAAGGGUCAAAGGGAGUCUUCUCYUCCUCCAGUGUCAGAAGACUCCAAGCGUCCAGAGGCUCCUGAAGACAUGGGUCCUACGAGCCCAGCUCCAGCACUGGUCAUGGAGACUAAUGACUCACCUCAGYCCCCUCUUGAUAGAAAGGACAUUAAUGAAUCACUGUGUGAUCGUUCUGAGUCUGGACGUCCACCACAGGGAGAGAUUGAGUACGYAGGCCAUCAAAUGCCCCAUGAAAAUCCCACUCCCCAGCAACCUGGGGAUCAACAACCUCCUCAAAGCUUKCUGCGAUCACCACCAACAGGCCUCAACAACCAGCAAGGCCUCAACUUACAGCGUCAAGACAAUAGGGAUAGGGCCUCUCAAAGGGAAAUACUAGAGCAACGCAUUGUACAGAGCCCAUCAGACAUUAUGAGAGAAAAACAGUUUUCCUCACAAGGUCCUCCCCACAAGGCGUCUCCAAACCAAGGGCCAGAUAUGAUAGUACAAGGGCAAGACAUGAGGGGGGAAAGRAGAGGGCUGCAAAUGAGGCAUCCAGGUCCAGAACCAAAUAUGAAAAGUCCAGAUAUGAGAGGGGAACAAUUCUCAUUAACAACUAACUUUGGAGGACCGCCAUYGCCCCAUUUCAACAGUCUAAGGAUGUCUUCAUCCAUUCCAAGAGGACAUUUUGAGGACCAAAGAGGAGCACAUYGUCCUGGUUUCCAUGGCCCCAGGGGUCCUCGUCCCUCGAGGUUCAACCGGCCCAGAGGCUCAUCUCCAGGGCAUUUCCCAGACAAAGGGGAGCCACCACGGUCCUGKUUUGAUGGUCCACAUCAGCCCGUGAUCAGACUUCAAGGGCUGCUAGGAACAACAAGAGACGCCAACAACCAGCAUCAUGACAGUGAAGGUGGGCCUGUUCAAUCAGAAAUAAAGGAGCAACACAUUGUACAGAGUCCUUCAGAGAUGAUGAGAGAGAAACAUUUUUCCUCACAAGGUCCUCCCCACAUGACUUCUCCAAACAACCAGGGUGAGCGGUCCAGCAGUUUAGAGAGGACAGUUCCCGAAAGGAGGGAGGGGAGAAGAAACCAAGGCCCAGACAUCAGAAGGACAGAUAUGAUGGGACCAGGGCCAGAUAUGAUGGGACCAGGGCCAGACAUGCAAGGUCCAGGGCCAGACAUGUGGGAUGAUAGAAGAGGGUCAGACAUGUGGGAUGAUAGAAGAGGUCCAGGGCCAUACAUGAGUGGUCCAGGGCCAUACAUGAGUGGUCGAGGCCCAGACAUGAGAGGUCCAGGCCCAGACAUGAGAGGUCCAGGCCCAGACAUGAGAGGUCCAGGCCCAGACAUGAGAGGUCAAGGCCCAUACAUGAGAGGUCCAGGCCCAGACAUGAGUGGUCCAGGGCCAGACAUGAGUGGUCGAGGCCCAGACAUAAGUGGUCGAAGCCCAGACAUGCGAGGUCCAGGCCCAGACAUGCGAGGUCGAGGCCCAGACAUGCGAGGUCAAGGGCCAGACAUGAGGGGUGAUGGGAGAGGGCUAGACAUCUUGGAUGAUCGAAGAGGUCCAGGGCCAGACAUGAGAGGGCCAGAGACUGACAUGUGGGGUGAUAUGAGAGGUCCAGAGCCAGACAUGAGAGGUCCAGAUAUGAGAAAAGAACGAAGACACCCAGAUAUGAGGGAUCCAGGACCCGACAUUAGGAAUCCAAACAUGAGGAGUUCAGGCCCAGACAUGAGAGAUCCAGAAAUGCCAGGCCCAGAUCCAGACCUGAGAAGUCCAGACAUGAGAGGGGACCACUUCACACCUAUAGCUAACUUCGAAGGACAGAGGCCACCAUCGCCUUAUUUCAACAGUCCAAAGAUUUCCACAUCUGUUCAAAGAGGACAUUUUGAGGAUCAAAGGGGAACACAUCAUCCUGGUUUCCAUGGCCCCAGGGGUCCUCGUCCCUCGAGGUUCAACCAGCCCAGAGCGUUACCUCCAGGGCGUUUUGCAGACAAUGGGGAGCAGCCACAGUUCCGUUUUGAGUGUCCACAGCCAGUGGUAACACCUGUUCCUGUCUCGCUUGUAACAUCAAGGGAGCACAGUAUACAGAGCCCUUCGGACACUCUGAAAGAAAGCCAGAUACCCUCACAAGGUCUUCCCCACAGGGCCUCUCCAAACAACCAGGGGGMGCGGUCCAGCAGUUUAGAGAGGAGAGAUCCUGAUAUUAGUGAGGGAAGGAGAAACCCAGGGCCAGACAUCAGAAGUCCAGAUAUGAUGGGACCAGGACCAGACACUAGGGGUGAUAGAAGAGGGCCAGACAGGAGAGGUCCGGGUCCAGACAUGAGAGAUCCAGACACAAGAGGUGAUUGGAGAGGGUCAGAUAUGAAAGAUCCAGAACCAGACACAAGAGGUGAUUGGAGAGGGCCGGGCCCAGACAUCAGAGGUCCACGGCAGGACUCAAGGGUUGAUAGGAGAGGCCAGGGAGACACGAGAGGUCCAAGGCCAGACAUGUGGGAUGAGAGGAGAGGGCCAGACAUGAGGGGUCCAGGGCCAGACAUGAGGGGUCAGGGCCAGACAUGAGAGUCCAGGCCAGACAUGAGAGGUCCAAGGCCAGACAUGAGAGGUCCAAGGCCAGACAUGAGAGUCCAAGGCCAGACAUGAAGAUCCAAUGCCAGACAUGAGAGAUCCAAGGCCAGACAUGAGAGAUCCAAGGCCAGACAUGAGAGAUCCAAGGCCAGACAUGAGAGAUCCAAGGCCAGACAUGAGAGAUGCAAGCCAGACAUGAGAGAUGCAAGGCCAGACAUGGAGGUUCAAGACCAGACAUGUGGGAUGAGAGAGAGGGCCAGACAUGAGGGGUCCAGGGCCAGACACAGAGAGGGUCCAGGGCCAGACACGAGAGGUCCAGGGCCAGACACGAGAGGUCCAGGGCCAGAACGAGAGGUCCAGGGCCAGACACGAGGGUCCAGGGCCAGACACGAGGGGUCCAGGGCCAGACACGAGAGUUCCAGGGCCAGACAUGAAAGGUCCAGGGCCAGACAUAAGGGGUGAUAGGAGAGGGUCAGACAUGAGGGGUCCAGGGCCAGACAUAAGGGGUGAUAGGAGAGGGUCAGGGCAGAUAUGAGAGGUGAUAGGAAGGGCCAGACAGGAGAGGUCCCAGUCCAGACAUGAAAGAUCCAGAUCAGACAUAAGGGGUGAUAGGAGAGGUCCAGACAUUAGAAGUCCAGGACUAGACACAAGAGGUGAUAGGAGAGGCCCAGGGCCAGACACGAGGGGCCCAGGGCCAGACACGAGGGCCCAGGGCCAGACACGAGGGCCCAGGGCCAGACACGAGGGCCCAAGGCCAGACACGAGAGGUCCAAGGCCAGACACGAGAGGUCCAAGGCCAGACACGAGAGGUCCAAGGCCAGACACGAGAGGUCCAAGGCCAGACAUGAGAGGUCCAAGGCCAGACAGGAGAGGUCCAGGGCCAGACAUUUUACAUUUACAUUUGAGUAAUUUAUCAGACGCUCUUAUCCAGAGCAUUUUACAGUUAGACAUGAGUGGUUCAGGCCCAGACAGGUGUCCAGAAAUGCCAGGCCCAGAUCCAGACAUGAGAAUUCCAGCUAUAAGAGACCACUUCACAACAAACAAUUUUGGAGGACCGAGGGAAGUACAUAGUCCUGGUUUCCAUGGCCCCAGGGCUCCUCGUCCCUUGAGGUUCAACCAGCCCAGAGGCUUAUCUCCAGGGCAUUUCGCAGACAACGGGGGGCAGCCACGGUUUGACAGUCCACAGCCAGUGGUAAGACCGUUGAGGCAUAAAGGAGGUUUACUCCCCACUCCCCCGGAGGGUCUCAUUAGUUUGCUGAACAACAGCCCAGAAGCUUUUAAAGAAGACCAGUGGCAGAAUAGUCAAUCACCUGAUACGAGGAGAACAAGCCUACCCAGAGAGGACUGUGAAAUGAGAAACUAUGGAGACAGAGAAAGCCACUCUGAGGAGCGUGGCCAUUCUGGUAACCCUAGAGACAGGGGGAACUUCCAGGGCUCAGCGCCCCACUUGUCCCAGGAGCGGCAGUUGCCUGAGGACAACAGGAGAGAGUGGGGUGGCAGUCAUAGAAGGCAGAGGGGCAGGGGGACAGGUAGGCCUAUGAGUAGGGAGAGCGAAGGGGUUAGAGGGAGGGAAGCAGACAGGCCCAGAGAGGAGGUGGGUGAAAAGCAAAAGACACCCGCGGAAAACAACAAAGACAUUGGAAGAGCCACAAGCAUGGAAGGAGAUGCAAACAGAGUUAUCACUAGUCUGCACAAACGUUCACUUUCAAAAGACAGCGACAGAAACAGUUUAAAGGAUGGAAGUGGAAAGAAAGAAGAAGAAAUGGGGGGAAAUGGUAACAAGGUUGAAUCAACAGACACCCCCCAGACAGACACCCCCCAGACAGAUACCUCCCAGGAGAGUUAAGGGCCUGCUUGACUGGAGACUACGGUUAACAGAAAUGCAUGGAUUUGGACCGUUUUUUAAAUCUGUUGGGCCAUUUUCAGCACUACACACAUUGAAUAUAUCCUGUGAAUACAGUAAGAAAAUCUGCGGGGAAAGUGAUAGUUGCAGAAUUGAUGGAAAACGAUGGAAAAGAUCUGACUGGUAUUGUCAUUUUAACUAAAUGUCUGAAACGUGUUAGUGCUAUUAUUUCACAAAUCCUCGACUAAGUUUGAAGUUGGUUCAGUUCAUAAUGUACUACGUAGUCAUUUUCAGCACAUCAUAAAACACCCCGAAUUUUUGGAAUGUCAUGACUGAUCGUACCUUGUUUCAUUCAUCUUACAGUUUUAAAAUGGUCCAGAUGACUUGCCUUUCUGAGAUUCCAGAUUAAAACUCAUGUUAAGUCACACAUUGUGUUUCUAGAUUAUUCUUUUUCUUUCUAAGUAGGCCUACAAACGUAUUAGACCAUACUGCUGUCAUCUGUUCACUGAUUAUAAAGCCUUCAUUUUGGUUAAUCUCAUGAUUAAAUGUUUUAGAAUAAAUGAAAACUUUAUUUCA